AGUCAGGGCUAUGGAUUUAGGGUCAGAACUACUACUGAAUUCAGCUGCUGCUUUUGUCAUUGUGUGACACAGGUGGGUCACUUCUUCCCAGUCUGGGUUUCUAGGCUGAAAAACGGGCAUCUUAUCUCCUGUGAGGGUGUUAGGUUAAAUGAAAGGUCUGUGCUGGCUCCACAGGUGGCAGCUGGCCUGUGGGCAGCCUCCCCAGAACAUACACAGUUGGCUGGACUCCACAGUGCCCCUCUCAUCUGAGGAGGAACCCAGAGCGGCGUUGGGGUACCUGAGCCCAGGAAAGCAAGCAGGCCGGCCGGGACCGCGAGUGCCUGGCGGAGUGGCAGGCGCAGCCCAGGACUCCGGCUCCCACCUCCUGCUUCAAGGGCCAAGGCUUGUGUUCAAUCGAGUGAAUGGCCGGCGGCCCCUUGCCACAUCCCCAUCCCUCGAGGGGACCCAGGAGACCUACACACUGGCCCACGAAGAGAACGUCCGCUUUGUGUCCGAAGCCUGGCAGCAGGUGGAGCAACAGUUGGAUGGUGGCCCAGCCGGUGAGAGUGGGCCAAAGCCUGUGCAAUAUGUGGAGAGGACCCCCGAUCCCCGGCUGCAGAAUUUUGUGCCCAUCGACCUGGACGAGUGGUGGGCACAGCAGUUCCUGGCUAGAAUUACCAACUGUUCAUAGUGGCUGCCUAAGAAUGAAUGCUGCCAUGGAGGACCAUUUGCCAGAAGAGGACUAUGGUUCCCUAUCCACCAUGUGGCCUGGCUGGGUGCCAGCCAUACCUGAAGUGCCAGCAUUUGGACUUUUGCACCUGUUGUUCCCUUUGGGUCAGCUGUUUCAAGCUGCCAUGGGCCAGGGGCCAAACCUGUCUGACCUCAAUCCUGUACCCAGGGACCAGCCCCUGGGGCUGGCAGGGAAGAGCUCCAGGCUAAUAAAGUUGAGAAACUGCC